UCUCAUGACAUCGCGACCCUGUUGUGUCACGGAUCUGUGAUGUCACGGGUGCAGGUGACAUCACAGCGUGACAUCACAGCCAUGGCAGGUGCCCCCUGUCCCCCCCUGCACUGGGAACAGCAGCGAGCAGCAAACAUCGUCCGCCUCCUGUCACUUUACCGACCACUCCUUGACUCCUACAUCAUUGACUUCUUCACUGAGGGGCUGUGGGCAAAGCUCCCACCAACCUGGCAGACAGCCCUAGAAGUGGCAGACCCCCCGCAGCUGGCAGCCAUGCUGCUGGGGACUGGGGGCAUGGUGAGGCAGGGCACGGUGUGGCCACUCUCCCUGCUGGCCUUCACCACUGCUGUCCGUGUCCUCUCCUUCCCCCGUGGGGAGCUGGGGGAUGCCCCACGCCCGCCCUGCCAAAGCCCCCACUUACACCCACUUCUGCGCCGUCACGUCAAGCCCAAGAAGCAGCAUGAGAUCUGGCGCCUGGGCAAGGUAUUGCAGCGGCUGAGCCAGGCCACCGGCUGUGAACGUGUGGUGGACGUGGGUGCAGGGCAGGGCCAUCUCUCCCGUUUCCUGGCCUUCAGUCUUGGCUUGUCCGUCACUGCUGUGGAGGGUGACGGCCGCCUGGUCAGCCUGGCAGAGCACUUUGACCAGGAGUUGCUGCGGGAGCUGGGGAAAGCCCGGGCACAGGGUGACAGUAGGAGGCUGCCACCUUCCCAACACCACCCAAACGCAGCCCGAGACACUACAGAUCCUGCAUCCCUUUGUCCCCGAUGCCCUCAACAUGUGGCUGGCUGGCUGGACCCUCAGGCACCUGGGCAAGAGUUCCUGCUUGCCCCCACUCCAGGGCCAGCCCUCGCUGCCAGGAACCCACUGGCAUGGCCUGUGGAUAGCGAGCAGGUACUGCUGACUGGGCUUCAUGCCUGCGGGGACCUCAGCGUGGCCCUCCUGCGUCAUUUCGCCUGCAGCCCCCAGGUGGCUGCUGUCACCUCAGCAGCUUGCUGUUAUAUGAAACUCUCCACGUGCCCUGAGCCAACUGCUUCCAACCUUCCGGGCUACCCGCUGAGCGCCUGGGUGGCUGGGCUGCCAGGUCACACGCUGUCCUACCGGGCUCGUGAGGCUGCAUGCCACGCGGUGGAGGAAUACACAGAGCGGCUGCACAGGGACAGCAAAUGCUUGCGCAUUCACUGCUACCGUGCUGUGCUGGAGACCCUCAUCCAGGCAGCUGAUCCCAGCAAAAAGCACCUGGGAGUGCAGACAAUGAAGAAAGCCCACAUGCUCAGCUUCCCUGAGUACGCCCGGCUGGGGCUGUCCCUUGUGGGGCUGGACUCAGCUGCUGUGCCUCUGGAUUCAGAGUCGGUGUGCGCCAUGCUGUGUCAGCAGCACAAGGUGGUUGCCUUCUUCAGCCUGGUGCUGCUGUUGGCCCCACUGGUGGAGACCCUCAUCCUGCUUGAUCGCCUGCUGUACCUGCGGGAGCAAGGUUUCCAAUGUGCCCUCGUGCCCCUCUUCAACCCCCGGUUCUCCCCACGCAACCUGGUGCUGGUGGCUGCACGGGUGCCACUGGAUGCAGUGCUAUCAGGCCUGGACAAGGACAUCCGUGAGAACGAAGACAUGGUGAGGGGUGGAGGCGGGCAGGGGCAGGGCUGAGCCCAGUCGCUGGCUAUGAGGCACGAGCUACAAUAAAACCUGCUUUUACACA